AUGCCAUACUCCCCCAUACUCACACCCUUCUCUGAAAAAUAUGCACAGCUGGUUUACGAUGCGACCACCCAAUUCCAUGCAUCCCUUGACCCCAUCUUGUCAGCUCUGAAUCUGCGUGCCAUUGGGUUCACAAAGUGUGCCAACUUUGACGCUGCUCUUCGCGAUGUCAAACUUAUGCAACAACUCUCGUCGUCUUCAGCACUUGGGUACAUACGCGAAGCCAGCAUUUACAGUGAACUUGGACAGCAGCUUGACGUCAUUAAUAUUUGCAACGAAGGACUCAGCAUGAUCGAUACCAAGGAUACGCAUUAUGAUACAUUGCAGCAAAUGAAGGCUGAAGCUGAGCAGCAUAUGAAAAAGCGGAUUGAUUUCGUGAAGGAGCUGCCUGUCGACAUUGUGAUUACAAAGCUCAUUCCCCUCUUGUUGCCCUUGUUGAGUCGUUUUCCUUUGGAUCCAUUACAUCUAUCCCCUUAUUUGUAUGUAUCCAAUGUAUGGCGUGAUCGCAUUACUCAAUGUUUCGAUGGAUUAUGGUUCGACCUUGAUGAAAUGAAAGAAGAUCCGGGUGUGGAAGUGCGUUCAGAAAUCGCCCAAUUCGCUCAGCAUACAAGGUCAUUAUCGGUUUACCCCAAUGAUCAAGGAAGAUGGCUUGGUGAUUUAUUACGCGAGAAUAACUAUUGCGCAUUGCAAAAGUUAUCCGUUGUGGGUUCUUGCGAGGAGGGUAGCAUUGAUGACUUUAUCACUACCUUCAAAUCAGUCAGCAACACCUUGACGCAUUUUGAUAUUAGAAACGUAUACCCACCCAUGCCGUUCUCCAUACCUAAUGCCGUAUUGGUUUUUCCCAAUCUUGUUUCGCUCCGGGUAAAAUUCAAUGGUCAUGCGGAUCUCAGUGCACUUCCAAUGACAACAUGGCCAAAGUUGACGACAUUCAGCAUUGACAGGGCAACAAAGGAGAUCACACGUGAUGAUGUCAUUAGCAUUUGUAAACGUUUUCCAUCCCUCACAACGCUUGAACUUCAUCCUUGCGAAGACAUUGAAGCGCUGGUUUCAGUCCCUCACUAUUACCCAUGGGUGAAACGCCUCACGUUAAUCGCCGAUAAUUUAGGUAUUGAAUGUCGAUUUACCAAUGAAGGGUAUGAUGGAUGUGACGGGAUCACCGAAUUUUUUGUCACGGCGCAUUGUGAGGAACCUGGCAUAUUGACGACUAUCGAUUCUUUUCUAAAGCAGCAACACACGACACUCGAGAAUAUACGAUGGGAUUUAUACCAUGACAACGACGUCAAACACACACAUGAUAUCCAAUACCCACGGCUAAAGAAACUCUCCCUCGUAGAGUCUGGAUGGUGGAUACCAGGCAAUGCACCACGACUGGAGGAAUUGACAAUCUCUUGGAUAAUGGUCAACGAAUACCCUCAAGUUCUUGAUAUCAUACAACCCAAUGUGAUGAAACUCGUGUUGCAGCUUGAUGUUCAGGAACCACUAGAAGAUCGCUCAAUCCUCGUCAGCUAUCUUGAUCGCAUGAAUCAGCAAUCCCAAUUACGUGAACUUGAUAUCCAUUGCAUGAAUGUGGACGACAUCGCACCAGUGUUGGAUGCUAUCCCUCGUCUUGAUCACCUACAGCGCUUGAUGCUCUUUUUUGGUACGCACUUUAAUUGGGACCCCUAUGAUAUGGAAUGUUUCUUUGAUGCGCUUGCCAAAGGAUGUCCUCGCUUAGCAUGCCUUGAGAUACGCUUUUCGAAUGGGCCAUUGAUUGGUGCCAUCAAGGCUUUGAAGCAACUUGAAAGUUUGAAGCAGUUUGCGUUUGGAAUCCAACACAUCAGCGACGACGACGAUGAGUUCUGGGAAGCGAUCGAAGAGUUGUCACAGCUUGAAUGUAUACGGAUUUACUCAGCAAGCCAAGCCGACAUGGAUAGGAUUCGUUACCUCAAGAUCAAAAGGCCAGGCUUGGAGGUGAUAGUAGAUGCAAUGCUCACACGCUCUUGA